GUUUUCUCCUUGGAUUACAUUACUGCAACAUGCACACACUGGACUCGGAGUGAGACAGGACGUGUGUGUGUGUGUGUAAAGGAGUGAACUUUGCUGAAGUUUUCUUUCUCUUUUGGAUCGCAGUGACUUUGUGAGACGGAUGUUUUCCCCAAGCGGAGAAUGAACGAGGCCGGGGAUAAGGACGCGGUUGCGGUGCCGCGGAAGCACCGACUCAUGUCCGCGGUCCACGGAGGUGCGUCUCCCGGUGUGACGUGCAGACCGGGUCGCGUGCCGAACGGCGUCUCGUUGGUGCACUGCUUCGUAUGCGGCAGCGGAGUGACGCCGGGAAAAGAGCUGCAGCUGCAGGUUAAGUACCGGCACGGGAGCGCACCUUUCUUUCCGUUCUUGCAAGGCCAGGAACCGGCACCGGGCGCCGCGGAGGUCGGUGCCGACGGUUACGCGGUCGUGUGCGCAGUGUGCCACUGUUUCCUGCGCGAGCAGUGGAACGCGUUCGAGCGCAGCCGCACGCCACUCGACAAGCGCGUGUACUGGCUCAAGAGACCGCACCAGUGCGACACGCGCCGCGCGCCUCGGGACUGGAACGCAACGCGAGACGCGGACGCCCGACCCGCUACGAGCGGUCAGAACGGCGACGGUGACGACUCGGACUUCUCGUCGUUCUCGGACAACGAGCACGCGUCGGAUCAGGACUCGGAUGGUGGAGACGACCAGGGGAAGUGCCUGAAAGUCCCCGCUGCCGGUAAAGCGUGCAGAGACGGCACCGAUUCGCAAAGCGCUGCGCGUUACCGGGUCACUCAGGACGCAGAGAAGUCUGAGAGCGCGCUGCUGUCCGGCUCGGUCAUGAUGAAUCACGUGUCCCACACGACGCUGGCAUUGGCACGGCUCCACAGGAACCUGGCACGGCCUGAUUGUGAGAGCCCUUCCGGUGACACACCCACCCAAGACGGAGGGAUUCUAACGCGGGACAGGCGAAGCGGCUGGAACUCCAGGCUCCAGCAGCUGCUCUUCAGCCCUGCUGAGGAUCUUGCACAUGCCAAAGAAGCUGGUCUGAACCACUCGGAUGCAUCUGAUGGCAAUGAGAUUAAUGUAACAAGUGAUGAAGAUCAGGAGGAUGAGAGGAGGAGGAGACAACAAGCUGGGUACCAGGUUAUGUCCAGCCACGUGUGCUACAUCUGCGGCAGUGGACUUCGACCAGGUAUCCGCUUCGAAGUGUGUGUACAAAAGCAGGAGAGAGCUGCCACUGAGCCUUUCUUCCCCUUCCUGUGGCUGCACACACCUCCGCCAGGUGCUCUGCCGAUAAGCCCAGGGGGACGCACUCUGGUAUGUGCCAGCUGCCAUGCGUCACUCAUGCAGCAGUGGCAGGGAUUCGAGCUGGCUGAUGUACCUGUCCUGCAGCGUCUUUACGUGGUCCCAGUUAACGUAGGCUCCAAAACGUCACCUGAUAUGGAUGGCAUCGGAUCUUUACCCAAAAUUCGCCCCGUCCCUUCUAUGCAUCCUCCCAGAGAGGCCUGCUAUUUAUGCGGGAAGGACUGUGCCCAGGAUAUCAGGGUGGCAUAUUCCCGUGCCGGGGUAGGCAAAGCCCGUGGCGCCAUGUACUUUCCGUUCAUCAACCUGCUUCCGUGCCCACCUAAUGCCCAAAGCAUGCAAGAUGGCCAGGUACAUUGCUGUGCCACCUGUUACACCAUCUUAGAGGACAUCUGGGCGGCAUACCGUCUCUGCCUUAGUGAGGAGCUUAUCACAUCCAUCAGCACCUUCCUUGGGAGAUACCACCAGACGAGUACCGCAGGAGGAGUCUCGAGCAGCCUCGUCAGAGCACAGCAGAACCUUUCUGCUUCCGUUCACCACACCUCCGUGUGUUACCUGUGCGGGGCAGAGCUCUCUGCGGGCACAGAGUACCAGCUUCAUGUUAAUCCUCCUGGACGAUGUGGAGAAAAAGAACCCUUCUUUCCUUUCCUCACCGUGCAUACGCCGGCUCCUCGUGCUCGCCCUGCGGAUGCCACUGGCCUGGUGGCUGCUUGUUCCCUGUGCUAUCAUGACCUGCUGGCUCAGUGGGCGCAGCAUGAGGCUGCAGGAUCAGGGCCCUCGAGCAGCCCCUGGUCGCGUCAAUACAGCUGCGAAUCUUUCGUCUGCUUUUUCUGCAGGCAGGAGAAGAGGCGGGCGCCAGGGUUAAGGGCGGUCAACGUGGCUCGGCUGCCCGUCUUCCUUUAUGCCCCACGGGUUAGCCACACUCUUGUGGUCGAUGAUGGGAAACAACUUACAAUUGGCUCGUGUGUGGAAUGUAAAUCCAUGGUGUUGGCUGGACAGAACAUGCAGCAGGAUGGCACACUGGACCGUGGAAGACCAGCAGGGACGAAGCAGAAGAGCUCCACAUUGGAAGAAUUGGCCGGGAGCAGUAAAGAGGACGCUCGACAACUGACUGCACCACUGAGGGAGGUUUCCAAGCAUGUCCACGCUCCAUCUGGGGAAUCUGGGAUCACCUUCACAAGUUCUCAUCUCUCGAGCGAGGACAGAAAUCGAUCACCUUCAGGCAUGAGCCAUGAGCCGAAGUCGCCCUCACUAGGCAUGAUCUCCACGGCGACGCGCACCACGGCGACGGUCAGCCCGCUCACGCCGUCGCCUCUCAACGGCUCCAUCGUGGCCAAUGGCAGCCCGGCGGCUCAGUCUGCUCACUCCGGAUUCGCCGCCGCCCUCCGCAAGCUGGCCAAGCAAGCCGAGGAGCCUCGAGCAGGUUCCUCCAUCAGUAGCGAGUCCUCUCCUGUCUCAUCUCCAGCCACAAACCAGAGCUCUCCAGUGAGCACGCCCAAGCGCGGUCCCCUCGGCCAGGUCAUAGUGCCCCCUGGAGGCCACAGUGUGCCCAGCACCCCACCGGUCGUCACCAUCGCCCCGACCAAAACGGUCAACGGCCUGUGGAGGAGCGAGAGCCGCCCUGUACGAGAGUCAGAGUCGGGCCCUCGUGGUGUCAGUAGAGAGCGUUUGGCGCCUGAGGCUCCGGACAAGGGCGGCCCCUCUGUUCCAGCCCACCUCAUAGGAAAUCCGUACGCGUUCGGCCUGACGUCUGGAUCUGUGAUGCAGGAUUCGCGCUUUCAGCCCUUAAACAGCCUGCCCAGGCAGAUGCCCCAUGGCGUGCCGCCUGCCGGAGUACCGGAGGAGUACCUGCGAGGAUUCAGACCCUACGCUACAGCCGAGGAUCUGCGCAUGCCCUCGCUGCCCCUGGGCCUGGACCCGGCCACUGCCGCAGCUGCCGCCGCUAACUAUUAUCACCCCAGCUACCUGGUCCACCCCUCAUUCUCUCCUUACAGGAUGGAUGAUCCUUUCUUGUCGGCACUGAGGUCUCCGUUUUAUUCUUUACCUGCAGGGGGCGCUCUGCCCCCACUGCACCCGUCUGCUGUGCCCAUGCACCUCCCAGGGGUGCGUUACCCUGGCGACCUCAGCCAUGCCUCGUUGUCCAGUCUGCAGUCUGAGAGGCUCCAGAUGGAGGAUGAGCUUCGCCAGAGAGAGAGGGAGCGAGAGAGAGAGCGCGAGCGGGAGAAGGAGCGAGAGCGCGAGGCAGAGCGAGAGAAAGAGCGAGAAAGAGAGCGAGAGCGAGAAAAAGAGAGAGAAAAGGAGCUGGAGAGAGAGAGGGAGAGGGAGCGAGAGAGGGAACGGGAGAGGGAGAGAGAGAAAGAAAGAGAGCGAGAGAGGGAGAGAGAGAGAGAGCUGGAGAGACAGAAGGAGAGAGCAGCGCGAGAGAAGGAGCUACAGAUGUCCAAGGCCAUGGAGGGUCACUACCUGGCGGAGCUCCACGCUCUGAGGGGCCAGGCCGAGGAACGAGCAAAGGCUGCCGAGAGACUCACUCCCAACAGAGCAGAUAAAACCAAAGAGCCCACCCUCCCUGCUCCUAAACCAAUCCAGGCAGGCCUGCACCCUUCACUGAGCUCCUCCCAUCACCCGGUGCCCACCCUGCUUUCCGCACACGGCAUGUACCUCGGGCCGGGAGGGACGGGACCUGGGGCUCUGACGCCCGCCAUGAUUCUGCAGCGCAACAACGAGGAGGAGCGGUGGCUGGCACGGCAGAGGAAACUACGGCAAGAGAAAGAGGACAGACAGUACCAAGUAUCUGAGUUUCGCCAGCAGGUUCUGGAGCAACAUCUCGACAUCGGCCGGCCAGGAGAGGCGCCCGAGCUACGGAACGAGGGGCCGAGGCCCAUCCCAAACCACCACGAUCCUGGCAGCAGAGAGCGAGAACGAGAACGGGAUCUCCACCCCCACCUCGGGGCUCCUCCACCUCUCAUCUCCCCCAAACCCCAACCCAGAGACCACGCCCCUGCCCCUGCACCUCCCACCACCCUUUGGAACCCCGCCUCGCUCAUAGAGACCUCCUCUGAGUCACGGCGGCCUCUCCACGAACCACAUUCAAAUCCCUAUGACAUCAGCCGCCUUGCUCCGCCUCCAACCAAAACCGAGCGCCAUUUCGGCUCGGAAAAACCCAAAGAUGUACACGAGAAGUUUCCGCUCAUCCGGCCGACAGGGUUCUCCGAGCCCCGCCCUUUUCUAGCCGAGCUGGAGAAAUCCACGCAGUCCUUUUUGAACCAGCAGAGGGCAGCGAUGAGUCUGAGCACACAGUACGGAGAGCUGAGCGGGACUCUAAAGAGCAGCGUGGUCCAUAAGAGCCUACAGGGACCGCCGGUGAGGCCAGGAAGCGACACCAUGCUUGUGUACGAUGAAUAUCUGCAGCUGCAUCGGCGGCCGAUUAGCAAACUGGACCUGGAGGAGAGGAGGAGGAGGGAAGCAAGAGAGAAAGGAUAUUACUACGAGCUGGACGACUCGUAUGACGAGAGCGAUGAAGAGGAGGUGAGAGCUCAUCUCCGGAGAGUGGCUGAGCAGCCGCCACUCAAACUGGACGACUCCACCGAGAAGUUGGAGUUUCUGCGGCUGUUCAGUUUGACCACCGUGUCUCGGCGAGAAGAGCUGCUGGAACGUAAGAGGAGGAAGAGGAGAAGGAUGCACCGGGAGCAAAGCCCCUCACCUCCAGCUGUGGCCAUCAAGCGCCUGCCUCCUCCACUGAGCACUCGCUUUACUCCUGAGGAGAUGGACAACAGCCCGGAGCUGGAGGCCAAGAAACGUUUCCUCACCAUGUUCAGCCUCAAUCACCUGAGCACGCAGCAGAGGAAAGAGAACGAGAGAGUGGUGGAGCUGCUGCAUGCCAUUAAACAGAAAAGUGUGACUCUAGACACCAUCAGGCAUAAUCCUUUCCCACUGUGUAAGAGCCCGCGGCACCAUCAGUCUGAUUCCUCCUCAUCCCAGUCUCCGGGCCAGUCAGGUGAGUCAGUCAGUGCCAGACCCCCAAGUCCUUCACCUCCGUCCACUGGACCCCCAGCUGAGCCUUCCUCCGCCCCGCCUCCCGAGCACCUCAGACCCUCAGUCUCUGAACCGCUCAGACCGAAGGACACGCCCCUUCCCCUGCCAUACGCCGAUAAAAACCGAAGCAGCGACGUCAUCCUCAGCAAAAAGCCCUCCAGCCUUCUGAGUAGCGUACGUCCUCCGGCGCACCCUAAAGACGGCGGGGGCAGCCUGAACGGCCGGACCAAGACGUGGGAGAGCUUCACGGCCGAGGAGUUUGCCCAGCAGUUCCACGAAUCGGUGCUGCAGUCCACUCAGAAAGCACUGCAGAAGCACAAAGGUGGCGCCUCGGCCAUCUCCGAGCCCAAUCACACCAUGGACUCCACAGUGCACUACAACAUCCCGGAGCUGCAGAGCGGCGCGAGCCGCAGCACACACUCUCACACACACCCUCACAUACACCCCGCACUCCAGCCCAACGGUCUGCACUGCCCCCCCACAGCCCGGAGAGACGGCCCAUCACGCCCCGAACUCUCCACCGAGGAAGACUCGGACGAAGGGGAUGAGGAAGAGGAGGAAGAGGAAGAGGCUCUGGGACCCAGGUGGAACGGGAUCGAGUCCAUCUUCGAAGCGUAUCAGGAAUAUGUCGAAGAGCAAAAUAUCGAGCGUGAGGUGCUGCACAGUCAGUGCAGGAAGCUGGAAGCCCAACACUACAACCUCAGCCUGACUGCUGAACAGGUCUCUCACUCCAUGGGGGAGCUGAUGGCUCAGAAGCAGAAGCUGGCAGCUGAGAGGGAGAAGCUGCAGGCCGAGCUGGAGCACUUCAGGAAGUGUCUGAGCGUGCCACAUACAGCCUGGAGCAGGGCUCACUUCAAGGGAUAUCCUCCCAGGUGACAUCACACUGACUCACCUGACCUUCAUCCACCCCCCCUCCUUUCCCCUCUUUUCUAACGCCCCAGACUCCCCCCCGCCGGUCCUCCACAGAACGAGGGCGGAGGUGGAGAGAUGGUGCACUGUGAGCACAUUGAGAAGGACGGAUGCUUCAACGCCAAGCCCACACUCUGACAUAAAACGUGCCAUUGAGGUCUCGGACAGGUGCCACGCCCAUUACCAACUAACCAACCCGCCUGGAUCUCGCAGGAACGUUCGGUCCACAACACACACACAUAUAGGUACACACCUCACUAGGACAGAUCAUGUAGACAAACCGAAUGGUCAUGUGACUCCUCAAAAUAUAUAUAUACCGUCAUGGCAACCGCACCAUCUCACCUGGAGAUCUGAGGAGCCUUCAACUGGAAAUGCACUUAAGAGACAAACCCAGAAGAACUACCUGGAGGUACUGUGUUACUACAAGGAACUCCUUUUGAAAUUAGGGAAGAACUUCAAAGAAAAAAAAAAAUUAAAAUGCACAUUUUUGUUGCGGGGGAAAAAAAAAUUUAAAAAAUGUUAAGGAAAGUUUUAUUCAAGAAAAAAAAAUUUUAAAAAAAGGUGCUUCAGCCUUGUAUUGUAAAUAUCGAAACAAAAUGGAAAGGAAUUUUUGUAUGUUUUUAUUACUUACUUUAAUUGUUCUUUGAAGAAGAAGAAAAAAAAAAGAAGCCUGCCAUUUUUAAAAAAAUAAUAAUUAUGCACAUGCUUUUUAGGGCGUUAAGCUGGAGCCUUGCUUUUAGUGUUUGUAUUGCUGCUGGUCAGGAUAAAGGACGGAGGAAGAGCUCAGUGUACACCUCCGGUGUGUGUGUGUGUGUGUGUAUAGCCUACCACAGUAGCAUCCAUCCCCAAAGGCAGCGUCACGUCUAAAGAAGAGCAGAACGUCAACACUCCCCCUCGAUCACAACCACAGGCUCGUGAUCAUUUUUAUUUUUUUCUUUUUACAGUCGGUCAAACAGCAUGCAUUCUCUGCACUCAGUCCCUUUUUUUGUACCUUAGAGUUUGUGAAAGAGACAUUUAAUCAGCGAGUACUGUGCCAAAGGUACCCACAGAACCAUGCCAUUCGUAACACGAGAGCUGACGGCCAAAAAGCAGAUUUCAUAGCAGCGGAGUGUCAAAUGUUGCAAGAUUCACUCCAACGUCGUUAAUGAGCAUCAAAUAUAAUCAUUAAUCACAGGAUGUGUACACAGCGUGCCUGUGUGUGUCCUCAGGUUAAAGCUACUUCUCACACACACACACACACACAAGAAAUGUGUAGCCUAAAAUCUGUGUAAAUCACUCGUCUAGCAACGGAGUAUAUAAGACGCCAUUUUGUCCACAGCUCCUGAUCGAUCCAAAUAUCAAAGGGGCGACAAAAUGGUUCGAAUUUUUUUUUUUUUUUAAUUUCAAGUCUUCAUUUGAACUCUAUCCAUAAGAUGAAAAAUUUAAUAAGUCUUGUAACACUAGAGAAUGACCAAGGAAUAUCUCUACACCUUUAUCCUUCAUCAAUAAUGCCAGGCUCUAGACAUGAAUAUGCAUGAUAUGCAAAUAAGAAACAUCCCAAUAACCUAAUAGCUAGCUGGCUAGAUGAUAAUUAACAGAAUAUAAAAUAUAACUAAUAUUACAAUCCUUAUCCUUUAAUAACGUGCAUAUUGAUAUCGAACACGACUGGUGCAACGCUAUGGCUCGGUUAGUGACAUCACAAAUACAAGCAUAGCCCCGCCCAUAGAUUAGAUUAGUUUUAUACGGCUGUUCGUUUUAAAUAUACAGACAAAUUUGACUGAAAGCCCAAUCUAUAUAUAUAUUAAAAAAAAAACCUUAGAUCUGCUUUUAGAUAUCACCGAAAGAAUCCUAAUCUGCUCGCUCAAGCGAUUCAGCCUCCUUAUUAACGCUCGCCUGUUUUAUCUCCUCUCCUAACUUCUGCACCGUUACUCGUCGUCUCUGUUUUUAUUCUCGUCCUGUCAGCAGUAGGCCAAAGCAGCAGCCGCGAUCAGCAAAGGCUCACACGUCUAUCAAUCAUUUCUCAAAACGUUAAUAAAUCGGGUCGUUCAGCUCGUCACAGGUUCACGUUAUUAGCACUCAGGCUCACAGGAUGGACCGCUUCUGGAGGCGGUUCCAUGUUUACAGACCCGAGGCUGGCCCUAAAGAGCGUCCAUCAUGUGCAAGUGUGUGUACUUGAGUGCAUUUGUGUGCUUGAGCGAGCACUACCACUGCCUGUCCAGGAGCACGGACACGCCCUCUCUCCAUCUCCCUGUCUCUCGCCCAACUAGCGCGCGCACGCACACGCAGUAGCCGCCCCGCUCCGCUCCGCCCUCGCCCCCGAACCCAAUGGAGGAUGUCUAGAUGCUGUGAAAUCAUGUUUUUAAGGAAAAAAAAAAUGUACUUGUUUGAAUUCAAUGUAAUGUAAUAUAUUCUUUGUUGAAUGUAGUAAUUAGGUAUUUAUGAAUAUAUUGCUGUAAUUUCAGACAAAAAAAAUAAAAUGCUUCAGAACUGAACAA